CUGAGUACGACAAUCUGGUAACGUUGCGUCAUGGUCAGCCUCGGCAAAUAAGCGACGCGUCCCACGUAAACAGUCCGUGCCCGAGGGUUGAGGAGGGCGGCGGCGGCGGCGGGACCUUCAUGUCAGUCAGGCACGCGGCACCCCAGGACCCCUCAGUGCCAGUUCCUAUGAUGUCCACUGAUACAACUAUGGAAGAAGAUGACUGGGUGGGUGUUGAAAGACUACUGAACAUUGAAGGUUUUGUGUCUGAAAACAUUUGGUGGGAGAAACAUGACGAGAGCAAAUCUGGUGGCAGCAACAGCAAUGAGCAGAGGGAGGGAGGCCGACCUGCGUCAGGAGGGGGAGGCCUGGACAAGCUCAACAGGGAGGAGUUGGUGGCCAAGUGUCGGCACCUCCUGGCUCUGGCACAGAAAGCCAAGGCCGCCAAGGAUGAAAGUGUGGCUGAGUUGAGGAAGGUGAGGCCCUUGGCUGAGCGUUGUGAGGUGGCGGAGGGGAGGGUGCAGAAGGUGGAGGCUGAGGCCGAGGCACUGAGGGAGAUGGUGGCCAACCUGACGGAAGGCAAGGUCGCCCUCACCACCAAGAUUGAGAGUUUGCAACGACAGUUCAAGUUAGCCUCCAGUGAAGUUGACUCCUUACAAGCUAUGGAGAGUGGCCUACUAAAUGAAAGGAAUUGUCUGCAGACUGAAAAUGCUAAACUGGUCGAGGAACGAAAAAAAUAUCUUGCCAAGCUGAAGGAGCUUGAAGCUGCUUAUAGGAAAUCGGAGUUGCUGAAAAGUACCAUAGAUCAAGAGAAGCUUAAUCUGGAGGAAAAAAUAGAAAACCUUCAAGCACAAGCAGGCCAAGUGGAUGUUCUGAAGACCAAAUGCAAGAAACUCCUCAAUGAGAAAACUUCACUAGAAGAGGAGCUUAAGAAGCAACAAAACCUGGUGGCCAAGAGUACAAAGUUGCAGGCUGAUUUGACUGCUGCAAAAGAAGAGAAAAAGGCUGUAGACAUCAUGCUGCAAAGUACUAAGAAGGAAAGGCAAAAUCUAGAAGAAAGGGUAAAAGGCCUUGAAAGUGAAGUGUUACAGAUUAAGAAAUUGAAGGAAGACGGAGAAGAACAUGUUAGCAAAAGUAGUGAGAGGAUCAAUGACCUUGAGGAGAAAAUGAAGCUGCAGGAAGAAUCCCUUCAGCAGAGUGCUGAGAGCAUAUCACAGCUACAGGAAAAAUUGCAGCAGGUGCAAGAAGAAAAACAACAACUUGAAAACAAGGUGGACCAAGGAAGAGAGGAAGAGGAAGUAAAAAAACUUGAACAAGAGCUCUGCACUGAAAAAGAGAAUAACCAGAGGCUGCUGUUACAGCUCAAGGAAUUCAAAGAACAGGAAGUUAGUACAUCAAACCAUGCUUUGGAGAUUGAAAGCUUUCAGUCAGAUAUCAGUAGAAUGAAGGAGCAGCUGGGUGAAAAGGAUUCUGAGCUUCACAAGUUGAGAGAGGAGCUGUCAAGUGUAGAGCAAGUUAACAAUGAAAUUCAAGAGCUGAGAGUGCAAGAAGAGUCACUGCAACAGCAGAAGGCUGAGAUAAAAAGUAAAUUAGAGAUAGAAAUCAAUACCUCUGAAAACUAUAGGACUCAAGUCAGUGCCCUAGAGGAAAAGCUAAGGAUGGAGGAAAAAAGUUGUGAGCAGGUCAGAGAGGAAGUUGAAAGUCUUAAAGCCAGAGAAGAGUCCUUACAGAGGCAAAAGGAAGAAUUGGAAAAUAAACUUGAGUCAGAAGUUGUCAACUCUGAAAACUUUAAGACUCAGAUCACCACCCUGGAGGAAAAACUAAAAGUGGAGGAAAAAAAUAAUGCAGAAAUUCAAGGAAAGUUAAUCACCUCACAUGAUGAAAAAAUCAGCCUAACUGAGAGACUAAAUGAAGCUGAGUGUGAGAAGGUGAGGCUAAGUGAGCAUGUAAAAAAGAUUGAAAGUGAGAGAGACAGUCUGGAAGAGUUCAGGAAACAGUCUGAAGAAUUGGCUGCAAAAGUAAGUCAGCUUAAUACUGAAGCACAGCAGUCUCGUGAAGCUGUUUCAGAGUUGCAGGAAACUAAUGAGAAGCUGAAACAAACAGUAUCUCAGCUACAGAGCGACCUGCAAUCUUUAAAGGAGGAAGAGGCGGCAUUGAGACUUGAGCUCUCCAGAUCUCUAAAUGAAUCUGAAAAGAAUGUGGGUGAUGUUAAAGAGGAGCAGAACAAAGCUAACCAGUUGACAGCACAAAUACAGGAAAUAAAAGCAGAAAAUAAUGAGCUGAAAAAUGAGGUUGGGAAACUUACCAUCAAAACAGAACAGUUGAAUCAAACACUAAAGAAGCUGCAAGAUAAGGGAGCUUGUCUGACUGAACAAUGCAGGAAGGUCUAUCCCACAUUGAGCCAAAGUAUUUUUUCUCAUAACCAAGAACAGGAUGUUGUAGAUCAGCUGGGAGGUGUGAUAGACCUAAUGGAAGCUGUUAAGAAGAUGAAGGAAGAUGGGCAAUAUCAAAAUGGUGUUACGUGUUUGGCCAGAGCACUUAGUGGGCUCCAAAACCAGAGCAGUAGCUUGCUGACGGUAAGGGACGCAUCCACUUGGGAGUCAGCAUCUUCAAUCUUUGGCGAGGUAGCAGAGUGUCUUGUGUCCCAUGUCAGGAAUACAGCCAAGGCUUUAGAUUUGGAGGAGGACCACCAGCUGGAAAAAGAAUGUAGUCAGGUUGUGUCAGUCUUUAGUCAACUUUGCACAGAGCUAGGAAUGGAAGCUCAAAAGCUGGAGCAAGCCACCAGCACAAUGGAGGAGCUGAGGCAGGAGAAGAGUGAGCUGGAGCUUAGAGAGGCCAAGAUAAAGGAAGAACACCACAUUUUAAAUGAAAGAUGUGUAAGUCUGUGUACAGAACUGGAAUCAAUGAAGGAAAACAAGGAAUAUGUGGAGCAACUUAAUCAAAAGUUUGCUGAGAGUGAUGAGGCCAAGAAAGCUUUACUUCAAUCACUGGAAGAGGAAAAGUCAAAGUUGUGUGAGCAUAAAGAACAAAUAGUCAACUUGGAGACAGAAUUGCAGGAGUUGAAGAGUAAGGAAGAUAAGCUGGCUAGUCAGAUCAGUAUAGGUGAGGAAAAGGAGCAAGUCAUUAGUGAAGUAAGGCAGCAGCUGAGCUCUAUUGACCAGGAAAAUAAAACUUUAAAUAAUAAGUUAAAUGAGUCUGCUGCAGAAAAGGCCAGUUUGGAGCUAUCAUUGUCAAAACAAAAAGAAGAACUGCAGUGCUUACACCAAGAGAAAGAGGUUCUUGAAUGUACCUUAAAGGAUCUAGAAAACGAAUUAGAAUCUGUAAAAUUAACUUUGAAAGAUAAUGAAGAAAAAACAACCUCAGAAAAAGAGGAAUUAGGAAAACAAAUUUCCAGAAUGUCCGAAGAAAGACUUACUUUAGAAAAAGAAUUUGCCUCUCUAACUGCAAACAAAAAACAACUUGAGGAAAGUUUGGUGGAAGAAAAGAAAGUAAUGGAAGAAAAGAUGACAAUGCUAAUUCAAGAGCAAGAGAAUAAAGUCAAGGAAUCAGAGAGCUUGAGCAGCGAGAACAUGGCUUUGCAUGAAAAAGUACAAGAGCUUCAAGUACAACUUGAGAGUCUGCAAAAGGAUGUUCACCAGCUGCAGGAGAAAAUGCAGAAAGCUGAAGAGAAAGUUCAGGUUGUGAGUUCAGAAAAGGAGACGUGUGAGAAAGCAUUGAAGGAAGCAGAGAAUGAAAAGCAGCAGCUGAGCACCUCUCUGAAGGUCUCAGCAGACCGGUGUGAAGAGCUGCUGGAGGAACUGAACCAGAUGAACAAGGCGCUGAGGGAGCGGGGGGAGAAGAUAUCCCGUCUGGAGGCUGCCCACCAAGAGAAGAGUCGGGAGCUAGAGACCACCUCCACCUGCCUCAAGGAGCUUCAGAACAAGAUGAUGACCAGUGAGGCUGAGCUGGCCAGCAAGCAGGAGCAGCUUCAGAGCAUCACUGAGCGGCUGCAGUCCUUCAGUGGCCCCGAGGCAGCCCCUCCUCAGCCUCCUGACACCAACCCCCAAGUCACCAAACUGGAAGAGAAGAUCAGAGAAUUGGAGCUAGAAAGAAACAACCUGAAAAAGGCAGUGCGGCUUCUGGAGAGUGAGCCACCAGGGGGCCGUGAGGGUGGCGGUGGGGGAGUUGACACUCAGAGUGAGGCCCUCAGCACCAGCACCAUCAGCCGGGCCGAUGACUCUCAGCGCAUGAAGGAGCUGGAGGACACCUUUGAGGAGCGCUACAUGAGGCUGAAAAGUGUGGCCAUCAAACUCAAGAAGCGAGUGGCUGAGCUGACUGCACAGUUGAACGCUGCCGAAGAAGCGCGCAACAAGGCACUGGCUGAGAGGCAGGAGAGUGGCAGCAAGGACAGCAUGAAGGCAGCCUCCAAGACCAUACAGGCAUUGCAAAGUGAGAUUGAUAGACUUCAAGAUGAUAUUGACAAUAAGAAAAAGGAGAUGAAGGAACAAGGGAAGCAGCUGUCUUCUGCAGCAGAACAGUUAUCAAGUGUCAGGUCUGAACUUGCCGCUCUACAAGAGGAAAAUGCUGUACUAACAAGAACUGUGAAGAACCUUGAGCAAACCAUCUCAAGUCAGGAGGAUGUUGCCAGCAGCCUCCAGGGGCGAGUUGCUGCUCUGGAGAAGCGUUUGGCAGCGGAGGAGGAAAAGCAGCAAGUACUGGAGGACCGUCGGAGGAAGAUGGAGGAGAAGAUGGAAGAGGAAAAGCAGAGAGCAUCCCAAUUUGUGAAGCAGCUGGAGGAAGCCAAGCAGGAAGCAAAAACAAAAACUUUAUUGGAUUUGGAAAUGCGAGACUACGAGCUGACGGUGGAGGAACUGAACAGCCAGAUAGCCGAGAAGAACACUUGGAUAACAAACCUGGAGUCCGAGGUGGAACGGGAGCAAGGCCGAUGCCGCAGUCUUCAGGAGCAGCUGAGUCACCUCACCACGCAGGAAGCCACCGAGAGGGAGAGAGCCGAGAAGAUGAAGAAACUGUUACUGGAACAAAAGGCAGAGCUGACUGAGCUGCGUCACACCCUUGAGAAGGAGAGUUCGUUGCGGCAGCAGGACCGCAGCGCCGUGGAGCAGCUGACACAAGAAGUGGAGAAGCAGAAGCUAAUGAUGGUUGAAAUAAGUAGUGAGAAAACAAAAUAUGAAGACUUGCUUAGACACACCAAGUCAUCGUUGGAAAGACAGGUGGAGGCCCUGGAGGGGAAGGUGUCGCUGCAGAAAGAGGACAUGAAGCAGCUGGUGACAGAGAGGGAUUCUUUGCGCAGCGAAUUUGAGGGCUACAAGGUGAGAGCCACCAGUGUGCUGCGUCAACAGAAACGGUCGCCAGAAGUGAACGUGGAAGAGCUGCAGUCAGAGAAAGACCAGCUGCAAUCUGAGUGUGCUGCAACCCAACUCAAACUGCAGCAGCUACAAUCAGAUUUCUCUGCUCUGAAAGCUGAAAAUGACGUCCUCCAGUCAGAGAAGGAGGGACUGUCCAGACAGCUGAUGUCGCUGUCUGAGGACCUUACUAGAAAGGAAAAUUUCUAUCAACAAAAAAUAUCAGGUUUUGAAACUAAGAUGGAAUCCAAGAUUAAUGAAUACCAACAAGUUAUUUCCAACCUGUCUGCUCAAAAUGAGGCACAGAAUGUGAACUUCAAGAAACAAUUUGAAAGUUUGCGGCAGACCCACAGUCGAGAGGUGGAGGAGCUCAGCGCCAAGCUGGAAGAGGCAGAGGAGAAACUGUGGAACCUGAAGAACUCUGUCAAUGGUCCAGCCCCUACAGGGCCUACCAGUGUGGCUCCUGCAGCUCCCGUGCCCCCAGUUCAGCACCUCCGGCCUGAGGUGGAGCAUGCCCCUGGCACAACGCCCAGCAGUCUGACUCACCAUCGCCGUCAACCCAGCCACGGCUACGAGGAGUCUAGGAUUGAUGUCUCCAACAUGGUCAGAGAGGAAGGGGAGGGUUCAGAGUGGGUGGAGCCAGUGCAGAGGUCACCAAACAAAGGUGGCGGCUACAGCCCACCACCCCUAGAGCAGCUUAUCAGUUCCCCGCUGCCUCCAGCUGCUGCACUGCUGGACGACCAGGUCAGCAUCACCAGUGCAGCCACAGAUGCAGCCAACAGGGAGCUGGCCAGGCUGGAGGCUAAGAUCAACACUGCAGAGAUGAGGAUUUCUCAACUGACAUCAUUGUUACAUGAAUCUGAGGCAGAGAAUGCCAAGCUUACCCAGCUGACCGACGCUCUCAAAGAAGAGAUCAGAAGGUCUGCCAGAAAUGAAGACCGGGAAAAGCACAUGGAAAAUAUGGAGUACAUGAAGAAUGUUAUCCUUAAGUUCUUGUUGCUGAACAACGGUGAGGAGCGGAAGCACUUGGUGCCAGUGCUGAAGACUGUCCUGCAGCUCUCCCCUCAAGAAACCUCCCAGCUGGAGCACAUUGCCUCAGGUGAGGAAGGUAGCAGUGGAGGGAGUGGAGGAUGGGGAAAUUACCUCCACCUUUGGUCUACCCGGUAGUUCCCUGACUGCACUGUCCUGAUUGGUGUGUCAGGAAGAGUGGCAGGUACUGGAAGGGUGUGUAUAAGUGACACGGCAGUGCUGGAGCUGAACGACACACCUACAGGUUGUGACUAAGUGUCUGGGUGAAAAAGCUGUCCUUGGGAUUGCCUGUGUCUCUACAAGAAGCUGGCUUCCCCUACACAUCACUUGUCCAGCAAAGAAGGAUGGUAAGGUGCAGCUGAGUCACUGUGCAGACACUAGUGACACAUUCAGCAUCAGGUGUUGUUGUGUUGGCCUCCCCAAAGUCAGUUCCUUUCUUGCUUCCCAGUCAGCAAAUCUGGUCUGUCCAGUGUUACCAAAAGAAAGUGAGUAGAAAACAUUCCUCCAAGAUGCAGUUACAUUAUAUAGUGCCAUUGUAGAGAAGCAUGAGUUACAUGAGAGGUUAUUCCUGCAUCAACUUUCCUCCUUUUAAUAACAGUAUCCCAAAUUUAUUAAGUUAACUCUUUUUUUCCUUUCAUUUUGAAGGAACCUAAUUCACUGUCUGCCUUGUCACUGUCCAGGUGAUAAGGAGAAUGUAUGUUGUGUUGCUUCUUGGAGCCAGUUUAUGAUUCAGAACUUUAAGGGAUGCAUAGCACUUUGUUUGUGACCUAUCCCAUUAUUACUUUUUAUAUAUACAAGAUUGCUCACUUCAGAUUGCAAAGAAUUUUUCCUCUUUGUAACUAGCUACACUUUAGCUAAUAGGCACCAGCAGCAUGAAGUGAAAUUGUGUUGAGGUAGUGUUGAUAGGGUGCAAAGAGGCACCCCAUGGUUUAGAAGAGUUUAUGAGAACAGUGAGGCCAAAGAGAGAGAGAGAGAGAGAGAGAGAAUUAUAUAGAUUGUACAAAGAUUUAAAUAUUGUAUUCAGAAAAUUCAUAAAUUAUAUAUCAACAUGAGGAACAGUAUUAUACUCCUCAUUGUACUUAUAAACGGUUUGCCUGACUACUGAUCUUAAGUGGAUGUUGUUAUGUAGCAAGUGCUACAAGUUGCUUAGCACUGUGAGCAGCAAGAAGCAAUGUAUGCGUAGCUCUCAUGAAUUUUUUUGAUUUUUUUUUUUUGGGGGGGGUGAGGGGGCUACUGAGUGACCCUGUGCUGUGGUAGAGUCUGCCGGCACAUGUCUUAGCAUCACAUUCCUCAGUACAUGGCAUCAUAGCUACAUGAACAGGUGCAAUAAGAUAUGUGUGUGUGUGUGUGUAUUACAGAGUUUUCUAUGAAAUUUGGGCUGUAUUGCUAUAUUUGUGCUUUGUUCCUUUUAAAUAUAUUACUUUGCACAAUAAAGUUGAUAGACCUACA